AUGUCACAUACCAUCGACAUCUCUCCUUCAGACGAUGUUGGAUCCCAAAAACAUGCACGGCUCCUCGUCCACGACGAUAUACUCCAGCACCUUACAGAUACGAGAAUUUCAGACGGAGGGCCAGAUGUGGGUCUGGAAGACUACUCUAUUUCACUUCCAACGCCGGUAACCGCCUCGAUUUCGACUACUGCGCAUGUCUCCCUGAAGCCUAGUUCCAUUCCAGCCAUCCACGUUGGUGGCUCCAAGAUCCAACCGACAACCGCGGUAAUAGUACCCAUCUGGAUUCUUUUUAGCUCCAGCGUCAUAAUUUAUAACAACUAUAUAUACAAUACGCUCAACUUUCGCUACCCCGUCUUUCUUGUCAGCUGGCAUCUCAUCUUUGCUGCAUUGGGAACUCGCGUGCUAGCCAAAACAAGCACCCUUCUUGACGCUGCAAAGGAUGCACCCAUAACUGGGGCCAUUUAUAUGCGGGCCAUUGCACCGAUUGCUCUCCUCUUCGCAGGUUCUCUGGUUCUGUCCAAUAAGGCCUACUUGUACCUUUCUGUCAGCUUCAUUCAAAUGCUCAAGGCGUUCAACCCCGUGGCCAUUCUUUUGAUCUCAUUCACCUUUCGCAUACAAUCGCCAUCCACACGCCUUCUAUUCAUCGUCUUGGCAAUUAGCUUUGGCGUAUGCCUGGCAAGCUACGGGGAGCUCCGCUUUGAUCUUCGAGGCUUCAUCAUUCAAGCCAUGGCUCCAUGCGCAUUGUUGACAAUAUCGUUGCUGCCCAUCACCGAGGGGUUGGCCCCGUUUAUGAAUGUUAUCGACCAAGUUGGGUUGUUCCAUCUCCUGGCCAACGCCAUGACAGCCUUUCUGCUGAACAUUGCUGCUGUUUGGCUAGUAGGUAUUGGGGGAGGUCUAGUGCUCACCCUUGCAGGAGUCUUCAAAGAUAUAUUACUAGUGACGGGUUCGGUCCUAAUCUUCCACUCAGACAUUACCAGCAUUCAGGUAAUAGGCUAUACAAUUGCUCUUGCUGGCCUGAUAGUCUUUAAGACAACUGGGUCCAAAUAA